AUGGCCACCGCCGCCCCACCCAAGGCAGAAUACCUGCACAUCACGCCCCUGACCGCUACAGACCUGCCCGCGCACCCAGACCUCGCCAGCGCCCAACAACCCACCGGCCAAACACCCACCCUCCACGCCUUCACCACCGCCAUCCUCAAGCAAGGCGUCGAGUUCGCAACCUACUACUCCGAUGCCUCCAUCUUCGUGCCCAAGGGCGACAAGGCGAGUCCGCCAUCAACGGCCAAGGUGACGAGUCUGACGGGCAAGAACGUGCCGCGGACGACGGCCAGCGAGCAGUGGUUUGCGCGCCGCAGCGUGCACGAGGAUGCGCGGAAGAAUGGAACGGCGGACUUUGAGCAGUUUGAUGUGGUGCUGAAUAAGGAUCAUAGUCGGAAUGAGGACGAUUAUACGCCCGGGAUAUAUGAUGCGAAUCGGCUGUUGGCGUGGGAGGGGAUCGGGUCGGUGGAGGAGUUUGAGGGGGUUGAGAUGAGUGUCUACGAAAUGUACCACAAACAGCCAUUCCCCAUCUCAGACCGCUUCUUCACAACCCUCGUCGUGGCCGCCACAUACGCCGAGAAGAAAUUCAUCGUCGUCCAAGUCCCCGUCGACUCAGCAACCUUCCCAGCAGACUUCGUCGCAUCCAAGUCCAACACCGUCGACGGCAAACAUCGCAACGAGAAACGCAAGGUCGUACAGGGCCACUAUGCCAGCGUGGAGCGUGUCCAGGCAAACGACUCGGACGGCACGGUCACAUGGGAGGCGGGUACGGUGAGUUCGGCUGGAGGGUCGAUUCCGGAUGCGGUCACGAAUCUGGCGUUGCCGGGCGAGUUGGCGAAGGAUGUCGGGUUUGUGGUGGGCUUUGUGAAUGGGCAGGUGUGGGAGGGGCGGGAGAGGCGGUUUGUUGUUGGGUCGUCGUAG